GAGAGCACCGGAUGGGUUUGUUUUGUCAUAGAGGGACACAACUUCUGGGUGAACUCUGUCAUGUUCUCACCCCAUGGUUCUCAAAUUGUGUCUGGUUCACACAACAAUACAAACAAGGUGUGGAACAUGCAGAUGGGUGCUGCGAUCAGCCUACCAAUGGAGGGCCACACAAGCAUUGUCUAUUCUGUCAUGUUCUUGCCCAACAGCUCUCAAAUCGUGUCUGGUGCAGGCAACAAGACAAUCAGGCUAUGGCAU